CCGCCGCGCCGAAAACAUCCUUCGCUUUCAAGGAACCACAAGUAAAAGUGGUCAAGUAACAGUUUCCCAGUGCGUGGUGCGAACUUUCCGCGGACCAAAACCGAACGUGAAAAGCAAAGCCAAACAAAACAAAGAGGAUUAAGCCCGAGGCGAGCUGCAGGAAUAACUGUAACAUUGUUUGCCAGCGCCUUUUAUAAGGUGUUUGACUGUCACACGCCGCCGGAAAGUCGAGAAAAUCGUUUGUGUGUCGGCAUGCGUGCCAGUUGGCAUUUGCAUAAAUAGCCCAUCUAACUCGAGUCCUUUUUUUGCGCGGUGUGAAUGAAAGAUUGCCAAACAUUCCGAGACCUCAAAGAGAAAGUUUCGCGUCAGCAUUUAAAUUGCCCUGCAACAAUGGCAGGUUCAAGCGUUUUGCGGCCAAUCCUGUUGGCCGUGGUGGUACUCCAGAUUUCCGUGGUUUCAAUUAGUGGAGCGGCCAGUGGUGGGGUCAUCCUAAGCGAUGUGAACAACAUGUUGCGCGACGCCAGGACCAGCACUUCCGAGAAGCCCAUGCAGUCAAAGUCGGAAACGGAGGCACCGGAGUCCAGUGUGGAAUUGCUCCGCUUCGUGGAGGACGACGAGGAUGGCGAGGAUGUUAGCUCAAUGGAAUCCCAAUCGAACGGCAGGACCAUGGAGUCCAUUAAAAUGGGCGACCAGGUGCGCCUGCUAACAAAACAGCUCAGCGCCCUGAUGCUGCGGCGCCGCGAGGAUUACGAGAUGCUGGAGCACAAUCUGCGCAAAUCCCUGCGGCUCACCACCAAUGCGGCCAGCGUGGAUGCCGACAUGCGCAGCGAACUGAACCAACUUAGGGAGGAGGUAAACCAGUUGCGUUCCUCGCAAAGCGGCAACAAGGAGCGUUUGACCGUCGAGUGGCUGCAGCAGACGAUCUCCGAGAUCCGCAAACAGCUGGUGGAUCUGCAAAGGACCGCCGGCAACGUGGCUAAGGAUGUGCAGCAGCGCAGCUCCACCUUCGAGGACCUGGCCACCAUUCGCAGUGACUACCAGCAGCUCAAGCUCGAGCUGGCCGCCCAGCGCGAACGCCAGCAGCAGACGGAGGUCUAUGUCCAGGAGCUUCGCGAGGAAAUGCUCCAGCAGGAGCAGGACUUCCAGCACUCCCUCGUCAAGCUGCAGAAAAGGACUCGCAAGGACGGCGGCUCGGCCAGCGUUGAGGAGGAGAGCGGCAGCCAGGAAGCCAACCAGGAGCCAAUUGGACUAGAACACACCGCCGAUCAUAAGCGCCGGCACUGUCGUUUCCAGAGCGAUCAGAUCCACCAGUUGCAAAUGGCCCAGCGGAACCUGCGCCGCCAGGUGAACGGAUUGAGGUUCCAUCACAUCGAUGAGCGGGUGCGCAGCAUCGAGGUGGAGCAGCACCGCAUUGCCAACGCCAACUUCAACCUGAGCAGCCAGAUCGCCUCGCUGGACAAGUUGCACACCUCAAUGCUGGAGCUCCUCGAAGAUGUGCAGGGACUUCAGACCAAGAUGGACAAGAGCAUCCCAGAGCUGCGGCACGAGAUCUCCAAGCUGGAGUUCGCCAAUGCCCAGAUCACCUCCGAGCAAAGUCUGAUCCGGGAGGAGGGCACCAAUGCGGCUCGAUCCUUGCAAGCCAUGGCUGUGAGCGUGAGUGUCCUGCAGGAGGAGCGCGAAGGAAUGCGAAAGCUGUCCGCCAACGUGGAUCAACUGAGGACAAACGUGGAUCGCCUGCAGUCACUGGUCAACGAUGAGUUGAAAAAUAAGCUCUCCCACCUGAACAAGCCCCACAAGCGACCGCAUCACCAGAACCUGCAACAGCAAUCGCCGCAGGAGGACACCGCCAGCGACUCCGUCCUGGCCGAGACAUUGGUCAGCGAACUGGAGAACGUGGAGACGCAGUACGAGGCAAUUAUCAACAGGCUGCCGCACGACUGCAGCGAGGUGCACACCCAGACGGAUGGACUGCAUUUGAUUGCGCCCGCUGGCCAACGGCAUCCGCUGAUGACGCACUGCACCGCCGACGGCUGGACGACAGUGCAGCGCCGCUUCGAUGGCAGUGCCGACUUCAACCGCUCGUGGGCGGACUACUCGCAGGGAUUCGGCACUCCGGGCGGUGAAUUCUGGAUUGGCAACGAGCAGCUGCAUCAUCUGACACUGGACAACUGCAGUCGGCUGCAGGUGCAAAUGCAGGACAUCUAUGACAACGUUUGGGUGGCCGAAUACAAGCGAUUCUACAUCUCCUCGCGGGACGAUGGCUAUCGGCUGCACAUUUCGGAGUAUUCCGGCAAUGCCUCCGAUGCACUGAACUAUCAACAGGGAAUGCAAUUCUCGGCCAUCGAUGACGAUCGGGACAUCUCACAGACGCACUGUGCUGCUAACUAUGAGGGUGGCUGGUGGUUCUCUCAUUGCCAGCACGCCAAUCUCAAUGGGCGCUACAAUCUGGGCCUGACUUGGUUCGAUGCCGCUCGCAAUGAAUGGAUAGCGGUCAAGUCAAGCCGGAUGCUGGUCAAGCGCCUGCCCGCCGUCGAGUGUCAGGCGAGUGGCGUUUCCGUUUCUGUUUCCGUUUCCGGUUCGGCUGCUGCUGAUGUUGCGCCGUUGAGCAGUGCAACAGCAACAACAACAGCAACAGCAACAACAACGCCAGCAGCAGCAGCGCCGGCGGCGAAAGCCAACAACAGUGUGGUCCAGUUCGUGGCCGCCGGGCAGGCGUAAGUGAGCUGUUCCCGCUUUAACCAACGGGGAAAUACCGCUACAGUGAACCACCAUAGCCAUGCCUACUAUAGUUGGGAGUCCACUGUUUGUCUGUGGGAAGUGGAUCUAAAAGAUCUUGGAUCUUAGAUCGUAGAUCUUAUAUAAGUGUAAAAAGAAAAGUCAACAACCGCCCCAAUCCCCACAACCAUUGUAAAUACUCAGCAGAUCAGACCUAAGUUAUAUAGCGUUAAUCUUUCGAAUGGAGCUUACUCUGGCCUUAGAGUACACUAGGCGUAUGCGUAAUUUAGUUGGCAAACACCAGGCCCGUUCUACCCGUAUAAAUAUUCAAUUCUUUGGUCUUUCAAGAAGAUCUCAUAGAGGCUUAAGUUUCGCGGUAGCUCAGACUAAAGCGAGAGCAACAGAGACAGACAGAGAGAGAGAGCAUAUCACAUAAGAAAAUGCAGAGUUAAUGUCUAGACAUAAUCGCCCCCCUCCUCCUUAAAAACUAAAACUAAAUUAGUUGUAACGUGUAAGACGCCUAAUAUCGCUUAGGCUCAUCUCAGACAAAUAAUAAAUAUACAGACAGACGCGUGGGGAGAAGAGAACUUUCUAGCCUAAGGUCACCAUAUCAGUCAUACUAGUUAUAGCGUUGGUAAAUGUACUUGUAAUUGUUGUACCAUACGAUAGUGUCUACGCAUUCGUUUAACUGCUUACUAAAUGUCUGCUUCAGUCCAAAACGAAAACCCAAUCCCCGAUAGAAAACGCCCCCCAAAACCGAUGGAGUCGCAUGCCAAAGAGAUCAAGUCAGAAAUAGAUACAGAUAAUAUGCAAGUUUUUACAAAACAAGAAACUGAAAACUAUUUUCUGCAGUUUUGCAUAUACCAAAAAUAAACAAACAAACAAAUGAAGUGAGCGAAGGGCAAAAACCAUAAGAGCUAAAUAAAUGCAUUUAGCAAGUAAGUUACGAACUAUAUUAUGUAUACAUUAAUUUUAUGUCCUGUAAGUUAAGCAACUAAAAAAAAAGGAAAAGGAAAACCAGAAAGCUUGGCCCUUAGACCGGCGUAUUUUACAAUAAAUGGAUUGAUGUGAAAUGAAAAA